GCACAAGCGCGCGCAGAGGACGGAAAACAGCUGUACCGGAGGCCACAACGCGACUGGCGCUUGGGGCUCCUGACUUGGUCUGCAUCCGCAAUGGCUGCUCAGAGUGAUCCAGAGAGCUCGUACUAUGCGCUCCUCUAGACCCACAUACAGAAGAGCACAAGCGGAGCCGACUCAAAAUGAGCACCGGAUUCAGCUCGAGCUCGUGCCGCUUCGCGGAUUAUUUCGUGACCUGCGGUCUGGACACCGAGAGCGGCUUAGAACCAGACGAGCUGUCCGCUCUUUGCCAGUAUAUACAGGCUACUAAAUUCAGAGAUGUUGCCGGACAGUUGGCGGGUGCAAAAGAAGGUGAGAAUUUUGAGCAGAGUCCACUGCGGAGAACUUUUAAAUCUAAAGUUCUAGCGCACUAUCCCGACAAUGUGGAGUGGAACCCUUUUGACCAGGAUGCUGUGGGCAUGCUCUGUAUGCCAAAGGGCUUGUCCUUCCGCACCCAGACAGACAUCCGCGGGCCCCAGUUCCACUCUUUCAUUAUCACGAGAGAGGACGGCUCCCGAACCUACGGCUUUGCCCUCACCUUCUUCGAGGAGGUGACCAGCAAGCAGAUCUGCAGUGCCAUGCAGACGCUCUACCACAUGCACAAUGCAGAACAAUACGACAUACUGCACACACCACCCACACCUCGCAGUCCAGAAGACACCCGUCCCACCCCUCAACAUCUGCUCGCUGCUCCCUCCUUGUCUCGACUGCAGCGUUUCAACUCCUACGACAUCAGUCGAGACACUCUCUACGUGUCCAAAUGCAUCUGUCUGAUCACACCCAUGGCCUUCGCCCACGCCUGCAGAAGUGUCCUGGAACAGCUGCACCAGGCUGUCACCUCGCCUCAGCCCCCGCCGCUGCCGCUGGAGAGCUACGUCUACAACGUCCUCUACGAGGUCCCGCUGCCACCGGCCGGGCGUUCCUUGAAGUUCUCGGGCGUAUACGGGCCAGUGGUGUGUCAGAGACCCAGCACAUCUGAGCUGCCCCUCUUUGACUUCCCCCUGCAGGAGGUGUUUGAGCUGCUAGGAGUGGAGAACGUGCUACAGCUCUUCACCUGUGCACUACUGGAGAUCCAGAUCCUUCUGUACUCGCAACAUUACCAGCGGCUGAUGACGGUAGCGGAGAGCAUCACAGCUUUAAUGUUCCCCUUCCAAUGGCAGCAUGUGUACGUGCCCAUCCUGCCCGCUUCACUGCUCCACUUCCUGGACGCUCCUGUGCCCUACCUCAUGGGUCUGCACUCCAACGGCCAGGAUGACCGCACCAAGCUGGAGCUUCCCCAAGAGGCCAACCUUUGUUUUGUCGAUAUUGACAACCACUUUAUUGAGCUUCCUGAGGACCUGCCUCAGUUCCCCAACAAGCUGGAGUUCAUCCAGGAGAUCUCUGAGGUUCUGUUGGCAUUCGGCGUAUCUUCAGAGGCAAACCCACAGUGCAGCGAGGGCCAGGGCAGGCUCAGGGGCUUCCGCUCGGGUGACAUGGCUUCUGACAAGCGCAACGGCAACCUGGCUGGCUCACCGCUCAACUCGUACUUGCUGAGAGAAAACCAAACCAUAGCUCGUCUGCAAGCGCUGGUCAAGAGGACUGGAGUCAGUCUGGAGAAGCUGGAUGUGAAGGAGGAUACAAUCACUGAUAAGGAUUCAAAAGUGCAGUGUGAUGAAGAAGAGUUGAAAAAGCAUCAGUUGAACAUUCAUGUGCGAGAGGUCUUCGCCAACCGCUUCACGCAGAUGUUCUCUGACUAUGAGGUGUUUGUCAUUCAGUCCAGCCAAGACAAGGAGUCCUGGUUCAGCAACCGAGACCAGAUGCAGAACUUCGACAAGGCCUCUUUCCUGUCGGAUCAGCCCGAACCUUACCUGCCAUUCCUCUCUCGCUUCCUGGAGACGCAGAUGUUUGCCUCUUUCAUCGACAGUAAGAUCCUGUGCCACGAUGAUGAGGACAAAGAGCACACGCUGAGAGUGUUUGAUUCCCGUGUUGACAAGAUCCGCAUGUUAAAUGUCAGGACACCCACCCUGCGGACCUCCAUGUACCAGAAAUGCACCAACAUCGAUGAAGCCGAAAAGGCCAUUGAGAUGAGGCUGUGUAAGAUCGACCACACGGCUCUGCAUCCCCACCUGCUGGACAUGAAGAUCGGUCAGGGCCGCUAUGAGCCUGGCUUUUUCCCCCGCUUACAGUCUGAUGUUCUCUCUACUGGACCCACCAGCAACAAAUGGGCAAAGCGCAGCGCACCGGCACAAUGGCGGAGGAAGGACAGACAGAAACAACACUCUGAACAUCUCUAUCUGGACAAUGACCAGAGAGAGCAUGUGGAGUGUCUGUUUUCUGAGCUUCAGCUUCUGCUGGCUCUGGACUACUACUGGUUCUCGCAGUCCUUCAGGCCCUGUCUAAAGUCUGUCAAGGUGGAUGUGAAGUACAUCCAGGAGGCCAGGAACCUGGGCACCACUCUCCGCCAGCCCAAACUCUCCAACCUGUCACCUUCAGUCAUCGCACAGACCAACUGGAAGUUUGUAGAGGGACUGUUAAAAGAGUGCAGAAAUAAGACCAAACGCAUGCUGGUGGAGAAGAUGGGACGGGAAGCGGUGGAGCUGGGCCACGGGGAGGUCAGCAUCACUGGAGUGGAGGAGAACACACUCAUCGCCAGCUUGUGCGAUCUGCUGGAAAGAAUCUGGAGCCACGGUCUGCAGGUCAAGCAGGGAAAAUCUGCCUUGUGGUCGCACCUCUUACAUUAUCAGGAGAGUAAAGAGAAGAGAGACGCUACUCCAGCAGGCCUCGGCCCUCCUGGUAUCAUUCAUAACACAGAGAGACGGAAGUCAGAUGCUGGCUGUGCGAUGCCUCCUCUCAAGGUGUCUUUGAUACAGGACAUGAGGCACAUCCAGAACAUCAGUGAGAUCAAGACAGACGUUGGGAAGGCCAGGGCAUGGGUGCGUCUUUCCAUGGAGAAGAAACUGUUGUCCAGACACCUGAAGCAACUUCUGUCUGACCAUGAGCUCACCAAGAAACUCUAUAAGCGCUACGCUUUCCUGCGCUGUGAUGAUGAGAAGGAGCAGUUCCUCUACCAUCUCCUCUCUUUCAACGCUGUGGACUACUUCUGCUUUACCAACGUCUUCACCACGAUUAUGAUACAAUACCAUGUGGUCAUCAUUCCCAGCAAGAAACUAGGUGGCUCCAUGUUUACGGCCAACCCCUGGGUGUGUGUGUCAGGGGAGCUAGCUGAGACCGGGGUCCUGCAGGUCCCCAAAAACACUCUGGAGAUUACAUUUGAGUGCCAGAACCUGGGGAAGCUGACCACAGUACAGAUGGGCCAUGAUAACUCAGGACUGUAUGCUAAGUGGCUAGUGGAGUGUGUAAUGGUCCGCAACGGGAUCACAGGGCACACCUACAAGUUUCCAUGCGGCCGUUGGCUCGGGAAGGGAGUAGAUGAUGGCAGCUUGGAGAGGAUACUGGUGGGCGAACUGGCGACUAACACGACUGAGACUGACGACAGAAUGUGCCGGACUCCUCCAAUGCAGCAAUCCCCCGGGAUGAUGCGAAGAUUUGUCACCAUUUCGCCAAACAGCAAACCAAAGUUAAACACGGGCCAGAUCCAGGAAGGAGUGGGAGAGGCCAUCAACGGUAUCGUCAAACACUUCCAUAAGCCAGAAAAAGAGAGAGGAAGCCUCACAUUGCUUCUGUGUGGAGAGUAUGGUUUAGUAUGGGCUCUGGAGCAGGUGUUUCAGCAUGGCUUCAAGUCACCGCGCCUUUUCAAGAACGUCUUCAUUUGGGACUUUCUAGAAAAAGCGCAGGUGUACUUUGAGAGUACAGAACAGAGUCAGAUGACCCAGGAUGAGAACUGGAAGAUGAGGGUGCGUCAUUUCUGUAAUUUCAUGCGUGCCAUCAACAACACACCCAGAAACAUUGGCAAAGACGGGAAGUUUCAGAUGCUUGUGUGUCUCGGAGCCAGAGAUCACCUGCUGCACCACUGGAUUGCGCUUCUUGCCGAGUGUCCAAUCACAGCACAGAUGUACGAGGACAUGGCGCUCUUAAAGGACCAUUCUCUGGUGAACUCUCUGAUUCGAGUGCUACAGACUCUGCAGGAAUUCAACAUCACUCUGGAGGCCUCUCUCGUCAAAGGGAUCGGGAUAUAAAGCCUGAAUAUAGAGCUAACACAGAUCAGUGGGACCAUGGACUAACUUUUUUAUAUGGAGAGACUUGAACAAAUGACUAAAUGUGCUUAUGUUAAAGCUACUGUCAUGUUUGCCAUAUAUCAAGUGCAAUGAGCCUUUUCAGACGUUUCAUAAUUUUCAUCAACGACGUUACUGACAUUCAAAUACGUCCUUUAUUUUCAUCUAUACUUUUCACGGAAGGUGAAAACCCCCACCUGUGCUAAACCAUUUUAUUAAAAGCUCAAUAUUUUUCGUUGUUGUUGAGGACUGCUGACAAUGGCUAUAUUUAAAAGGAAAACAUGUAAGAAAAGCUGUUAUUAUAUUUUCAAAGAAGAGCUGUGUUAUUUUGAUAUGUCAGGUUGCUUGCUCUGUGCUCUAAUCUAAUCCAUACUUUCACAAUGCAGAGUUCGAAGCAAAGGAUUUAGAAGUAUGCUUUAUAAGUACGACUUGUGGGGAAAUCAUAUUUUUACUUAAAAUAAGAAAGGAAAGAUGAGAAAAGGCUCUUUUUUUUUGUAACAAUGCCAGGGACUUGUGUAAUUUUCCUCUAAAUGCAAAUCAGAUUAAAGGCACAGUUCACCCAAAAAUGACACUACCGGUCAAAAGUUUAAAUUAAU